AACAGAAAUUUAGCCUAAGGAUUAAAAAAGAAAAGAAAAGGGGUGACAGCUGAUAUUCCAGACAGCUCUAUUCAGGUUUAUGAAUGAUUUACUCUUUAGGGUGGCAGGACUUAAUGCAAAUGAACACAGAGGAAAACUGCACUGUGAUCUAACCAAUAGAAGCACAGCUCCAUCUUGGCUGUGCACUAGACUGCGUUACAAACAGACGAUACCAUCGCUUCAACAGCACCCUUUCAGACAAGAGCCCCUAGUUCCUGAUUCAGAUCAUCUGUUAUUGAAGUUUAAAGGUGUGGAAAUAGGAAGCAGAAAUACACUGAACCAAAAGAUUCAAAAGAGCAAUACAAGAAGCGGAAUCUCAGAAUGGCUUCCAGUCACUGGAAUGAAACCACCACCUCUGUUUAUCAGUACCUUGGUUUUCAAGUGCAAAAAGUUUACCCUUUCCAUGAUAACUGGAACACGGCCUGCUUUGUCAUCCUGCUUUUAUUUAUAUUGACCGUAGUAUCUUUGGUGGUAUUAGCUUUCCUGUAUGAAGUGCUUGACUGCUGCUGCUGUACAAAAAACAAAACUGUGAAAGACUUGAAAAGUGAACCUAACCCUCUUAGAAGUAUGAUGAACAACAUCAGAAAACGUGAUGCCGAAGUGGUUUAGCCCUCUCCAGAACAGGAACAAAAUCUUUAAAAGCAGACUUCAGCCUCUUCCGAGAAAAAAGAAUUUCGUGAGGCAAGCUGUUACUAUAAAGCUGAUUUUGACUCUGAAUGAUUAAAAGAUUUUCAGCAGAAGAAAACACAAGUGAAA